CCACCGCAAAUUACAGCGUGUCCCUCGCUGUCCAGGCUGCGCCGCCUGCUUUGUGAAGCGCAAUCACCUGCUGACCGUGGAGCCAAGCCGCCAUGGCCAUCCUAGCAAGUAGCAGCACACCCUCACUCGCUGUCGCUGUUCGCUGCCGUGGAGAAAUCCGAGGAGAGCCUAAUAAAGCUGCAUUGAUAUUCGACGUACCAACCGCUAACGGCCAGCACCAAGCGGGCCGCAGAAACCUUAACAGGAUCAACACGCGUUUAUCGAAGAUUGGCUGCGACACGCUGGACCCGACUGCGCCGGGACAGGCCUGGCCUGGCGCCGCCAAGCACUGGAUCCACCACGCCUGCGCUGGAGUCCAGCGACUGGAAAGUGGAAACAGGCAUUCCAGGCCCGUAACCUUCUUUUCCCGCCAUCAUCCACACCAUCAUUCCGUGCCAUCUCACCAGCAAUUACACCUUACCAACCUGUCGCCCGUGUCAACUAUCCGCCAUUCGCACCGACACUUCGCCUCUCUCCUUCUCGCUCACGCAACCUCGGCCUUCACGACACCUCAAGCAUCGAUCACCUCCCGCUGCGUCGAGCGUCACUUUCACGGAACGACCGGUUGACUAGACACGGAUCGACGACAACAAACACCGCCCACAAGACUUGGCGACGGCUGCCUCUCGCCCGCGCAUCCCAUCCCAGCGCCCCGGCAGAAUCCACGCGACUCUAGCGACCAAACCCUGACCACUGCCCGCCUGGGCACGCUGAAUCCAGUCAACCGAACGAUCCUCCGACCGAUUGAGCGCUGGAGCCAGAUUGAACUAUCCAACACCGUCAGCGCAUCGUUGGAGUUGGGCAUCUCCCCAACAACAGACCGCCAUCAUGAGUAUGCUUCCCAUGAUCACCCAAGCGCAACAGCAAGACCAGUACUAACACCGCCAGCGGCCGUCAUGAUCCCCGACUUUGGUAGCCUA